GAGGUCAACCCGAGCAACAUGAUGCCGAAGCCGAACCAGAAGCGCGCGUCGAGGCAGCGCGAGAAGCUCUCGACCGAUCGCGAGUCGUCCACGAUCCCGAUAAGCGAACGAAACGACGCGCUCCCCGAGCAUCAACGCGACGCGACGACGACGUGGCAGUACCCGAGCGAGCAGAUGUUCUUCAACGCUAUCGCGCGCAAGGGUUGGCGGCCGAAAGAGGAGGACAUGACGAACGUGAUCAAGAUUCACAACGCGGUGAACGAGCGGUGCUGGGGCGAGGUGAUGAAGUGGGAGAAGCUCCACGCGCGCGAGUGCGACUGUCCUAAGCUUCUGAAGUUUCGUGGACGCCCGCGAGAGUACAGCCCGAAGGCGAGGCUUCUGAACUUCCUCGGGUUCAAGCUCCCGUUCGAUCGGCACGACUGGGUCGUCGACCGGUGCGGCGUCGACGUGCGGUACGUCAUCGACUUUUACAACGGCAAGUCGAACGACCCGCGCGCGCCGAUCGCGAUGCACUUGGACGCGCGGCCGGCGUUGGACUCGUUCGGGGCGUUCUUCGACCGG